CCAAAGCCUGGGGCUCCCCGGACCCGGCGGCCCCGCCCUCGGCCCGCCCGGCGCUGCCCACGUGGAGCCGGACGAGGUGGACAAGUUCAAGGCCCGGUUCCUGACCGCCUGGAACAACGUCAAGUAUGGGUGGAUGGUCAGAAGCCGGACCAGCUUUAGCAAGAUCUCUAGCAUCUACCUCUGUGGGCGCCGCUACCGCUUUGAGGGUGAAGGUGACAUCCAGCGUUUCCAGCGGGACUUUGUGUCCCGCCUGUGGCUGACCUACCGCCGGGACUUUCCACCCCUAGCUGGGGGCUCCCUGACCUCAGACUGUGGCUGGGGAUGUAUGUUACGCAGUGGUCAAAUGAUGCUGGCUCAGGGCUUGCUGCUGCAUUUCCUGCCCCGAGACUGGGUGUGGGCCGAGGGUCUAGGCCCUGGCCCCCCUGAGCUGCCUGGCUCGGCUUCCCCCAGCCUGCGGGGAGGCCCUGCCCGCUGGAUGCCGCCGCGCUGGCCCCGGGGCGCCCCCGAGCUGGAGCAGGAGCUGCGGCACCGGCAGAUAGUGUCCUGGUUUGCCGACCAUCCUCGGGCCCCCUUUGGCCUGCAUCGGCUGGUGGAGCUGGGGCAGAGCUCAGGCAAGAAGGCCGGUGACUGGUACGGGCCGUCGCUGGUGGCGCACAUCCUCAGGCUGUGGAGAGCAGCUCUGAGCUCACUCGCCUGGCCGUGUAUGUUUCUCAGGACUGCACAGACCACCUGUCCCCACCCUGUCCCGGCAGUGUACAAGGCGGAUGUGGCGUGCCUGGUGGCCAGCGGGGACCCAGCGGCCGAGUGGAAGUCUGUGGUCAUCCUGGUGCCCGUGCGCCUGGGCGGCGAGGCUCUGAACCCCGUGUACGUGCCUGGUGUGAAGGAGCUCCUCAGGUCGGAACUGUGCCUGGGCAUCAUGGGAGGCAAACCGAGGCACUCACUGUACUUCAUCGGCUACCAGGAUGACUUUCUGCUGUACCUGGACCCCCACUACUGCCAGCCCGCGGUGGACGUCAGCCAGGCUGACUUCCCCCUGGAGUCUUUCCACUGCACCUCCCCCCGCAAGAUGGCCUUCGCCAAGAUGGACCCCAGCUGCACGGUGGGGUUCUACGCGGGGAACAGGAAGGAGUUUGAGACGCUCUGCUCCGAGCUGACCAGGCAGAUCCUCAGCUCCUCCUCAGCCACGGAGCGCUACCCCAUGUUCACCCUGGCCGAGGGCCACGCUCAGGACCACAGCUUGGACGACCUCUGCUCCCAGCUGCCCCAGGCCACCGCACUGCGGCUCCCUCGCACCGGCCGCCUCCUCAAGGCCAAGCGGCCAAGCUCCGAGGACUUUGUGUUUUUAUAGCGGAGGGGAUGGGGGAGACGUGAGACUAUUUAUUUUUUUAUUUAUGUCACUUGGUGGGGGGUGGAACUCCGGAGACGGCGGGGUUUCUCCUCCUCAGCCCUCCACCGCCCCGCAGAGACAGUCUAGGAACCCGCAGAACUGGGGCCGCUAGCCGCGCCCUCCGGGGCCCCCGCACAGGGCGGGCCGCGCAGACCCCCGGGCGCCACUCAGGGCCUGACUCUCGCACUGUAGUUUGCACUGGCCCGGCGUGCCCUUCGCUGUCCCCAGGCCCCUGCCCGGGGCACGCUGUGCCUGCCGGGGCUAAUAAAGCUGUUGGCUGGCCUGGC